CGGAGGCCGCCUGGUAGGCCACGGGCCUGCACCCCGGGGCGAAUGGGACGCCGGUUUCUGUGGAACAGCCGCUUCCGACCCGAAGUUCCUCGGCUCUCUUGGAAGCGCAAAAAAUAAAAGAUGACGGAGGGCCGUCGAUGUCAAGUCCAUCUUCUUGAUGACAGGAAGCUGGAACUCCUAGUUCAGCCCAAGCUUUUGGCCAAGGAGCUUCUUGACCUCGUGGCAUCUCACUUCAACCUGAAGGAGAAGGAAUACUUUGGGAUAGCAUUCACGGAUGAGACGGGACACUUAAACUGGCUUCAACUAGAUCGAAGAGUACUGGAGCACGACUUCCCUAAAAAGUCAGGACCCGUGGUUUUGUACUUUUGUGUCAGGUUCUACAUAGAAAGCAUCUCCUACCUGAAGGACAACGCCACCAUCGAGCUCUUCUUCCUGAAUGCCAAGUCCUGCAUCUACAAGGAGCUUAUUGAUGUCGACAGUGAAGUGGUGUUUGAAUUGGCUUCCUAUAUUUUACAGGAGGCAAAGGGGGAUUUUUCUAGCAAUGAGGUCGUGAGGAGUGACCUGAAGAAGCUGCCAGCCCUUCCCACCCAAGCUCUGAAGGAGCACCCCUCCCUGGCCUACUGUGAAGACAGAGUAAUUGAGCACUACAAGAAGCUGAAUGGCCAGACGAGAGGUCAAGCAAUCGUGAACUACAUGAGCAUCGUGGAGUCUCUCCCAACCUACGGGGUUCACUAUUAUGCAGUGAAGGACAAGCAGGGGAUACCAUGGUGGCUGGGACUAAGCUACAAAGGAAUCUUCCAGUAUGACUACCAUGAUAAAGUGAAGCCAAGGAAGAUAUUCCAAUGGAGGCAAUUGGAAAACCUGUAUUUCAGAGAAAAGAAGUUUUCUGUGGAAGUUCAUGACCCCCGCAGGGCUUCAGUGACAAGGAGGACAUUUGGGCACAGUGGCAUUGCAGUGCACACCUGGUAUGCGUGUCCAGCAUUAAUUAAGUCCAUUUGGGCUAUGGCUAUUAGCCAACACCAGUUCUAUCUGGACAGAAAGCAGAGUAAGUCCAAGAUCCAUGCGGCACGAAGUCUGAGCGAGAUUGCCAUUGACCUGACCGAGACUGGGACGCUGAAGACCUCAAAGUUGGCCAACAUGGGGAGCAAGGGGAAGAUUAUCAGCGGCAGCAGCGGGAGUCUACUGUCCUCAGGUUCCCAGGAAUCAGAUAGCUCUCAGUCAGCCAAGAAGGACAUGCUGGCCGCCUUGAAAUCCAGGCAGGAGGCUCUGGAGGAAACCCUGCGCCAGAGGCUGGAGGAACUGAAGAGACUGUGUCUCCGGGAAGCUGAGCUCACCGGCAAGCUGCCAGUUGAAUAUCCCCUGGAUCCAGGGGAGGAACCACCCAUUGUUCGAAGAAGGAUUGGCACAGCCUUCAAGUUGGAUGAACAGAAAGUCCUGCCCAAAGGAGAGGAAGCCGAGUUGGAACGACUGGAACGAGAGUUUGCAAUUCAGUCCCAGAUUACGGAGGCUGCCCGCCGCCUUGCCAGUGACCCCAAUGUCAGCAAAAAACUGAAGAAACAAAGAAAAACCUCUUAUCUGAAUGCACUGAAGAAGCUGCAGGAGAUUGAAAAUGCAAUCAAUGAGAACCGCAUCAAGUCUGGGAAAAAACCCACCCAGAGGGCUUCACUGGUCAUAGACGAUGGAAACAUUGCCAGUGAAGAUAGCUCCCUCUCUGAUGCCCUUGUUCUUGAAGACGAAGACUCUCAGGUCACCAGCACAAUAUCCCCCUUACAGUCUCCUCACAAGGGACUUCCUCCUCGGCCACCAUCGCACAACAGGCCUCCUCCUCCCCAGUCCCUGGAGGGACUCAGGCAGAUGCACUAUCACCGCAACGACUAUGACAAGUCACCCAUAAAGCCCAAAAUGUGGAGUGAGUCCUCUUUGGAUGAGCCUUAUGAGAAGGUCAAGAAACGCUCCUCUCACGGUCAUUCCAGUAGCCACAAGCGCUUCCCCAGCACAGGAAGCUGCGCUGAAGCAGGAGGAGGAAGCAGCUCCUUACAGAACAGUCCUAUCCGCGGCCUCCCGCACUGGAACUCCCAGUCUAGCAUGCCAUCCACACCAGACCUGCGCRUCCGAAGCCCCCACUACGUCCAUUCCACAAGGUCCGUGGACAUCAGCCCCACGCGACUGCACAGCCUCGCAUUGCACUUUAGGCACCGGAGCUCCAGCUUGGAGUCCCAGGGCAAGCUCCUGGGCUCGGAGAACGACACGGGGAGCCCCGACUUCUACACCCCGCGGACUCGUAGCAGCAAUGGCUCAGACCCCAUGGACGACUGUUCAUCGUGCACCAGCCACUCGAGCUCGGAGCACUACUACCCGGCGCAGAUGAAUGCCAACUACUCGACGCUGGCAGAGGACUCKCCGUCCAAGGCGCGGCAGCGRCAGCGGCAGCGGCAGCGGGCGGCGGGCGCACUGGGCUCGGCGAGCUCGGGCAGCAUGCCCAACCUGGCCGCGCGCGGUGGCGCUGCGGGGCCGGGGGGCGCGGGCGCGGGCGGUGGCGUGUACCUGCACAGCCAGAGCCAGCCCAGCUCGCAGUACCGCAUCAAGGAGUACCCACUGUACAUCGAGGGCAGYGCCACGCCCGUGGUGGUGCGCAGCCUGGAGAGCGACCAGGAGGGCCACUACAGCGUCAAGGCGCAAUUUAAGACCUCCAACUCCUACACGGCAGGUGGCCUGUUCAAGGAGAGCUGGCGCGGUGGCGGAGAUGARGGCGACGCGGGCCGCCUGACGCCGUCGCGCUCACAGAUCUUAAGGACUCCGUCACUGGGCCGCGAGGGCUCCCACGACAAGGGCGCGGGCCGGGCCGCCGUGUCGGAUGAGCUGCGCCAGUGGUACCAGCGCUCCACAGCCUCGCACAAGGAGCACAGCCGCCUGUCGCACACCAGCUCCACCUCCUCCGACAGCGGCUCGCAGUACAGCACCUCCUCCCAGAGCACCUUUGUGGCGCACAGCAGGGUCACCAGGAUGCCCCAGAUGUGCAAGGCCACGUCAGCUGCCUUACCUCAAAGCCAGAGAAGCUCAACACCGUCAAGUGAAAUCGGAGCCACCCCCCCAAGCAGUCCCCACCACAUCCUAACCUGGCAGACUGGGGGCUGCAAUGACAGCUGCUUCCUGGAUUCCUCCCCCUACCCAGAACUAGCUGACGUCCAGUGGUAUGGGCAGGAAAAAGCCAAGCCCGGGACCCUCGUGUGAGACAGCCCUGGCCUGAUCUGACCGCCUCGACGCCAUUCUGAGUCACCUCACUGCCUCUCAUUUGCCUUACCCAGACGCACUGUCACCUGCACCAGCUUCGGUCCUCAGCACUUUUUUUCUCCUGUCUCCGCAACCCCUUCACCCUCAAAACCUGACUGAGGAGACAUUCUGGAAGGUUCCGGUCCCACUGUGUGUCCCCUGGCUCUCUUGCCCACAGAGAGCUAAUYAGCAAUCCUCAAUGGCACCUUGGUGGCUUCCCCCGCCUUGACAGCCCCCAGGCCAGGAACUGUCAGGGAAGCCGGCUGGCAUGAAAUUCCUGCGGACAAGUAGCAUUGGCAGAGAACAGGAAGAUUUACCCACAGAAGGACUAUGAAGCUGCGUCCAGCCUGCCGCCUGUAGGCCAACCAAGCACUUCAAGGAGAGGGUACCUCGUGGGGAUAUUCAGUUGACACCUGAAAUAUUCCUAAUAGAGCUUGGGGGAGGGAGUGUCUGCGGGGAGAAGAAGUGAGGAAGGUUAACACCCCGAGAUGCACCAGAGGAUCACAAUCAGUUCUACGCUGCCAAAGAGAAACAAAUAAAAUAAUUACAUGCAAACAGAAAUAAGAGGGGCCAAGCGGAAGACAUUCUUUCUGCAAUGAAAUUUCUUUUAGAAUCUAAACUGCUUCUGCACACCACAGUGUAAGUCAACCAUUUGUAAAUCRUGUCCUCUGAUCCAUCACCCUUGACAGUCCACUUCUUCCUCCGUGAGAGCCUGGAACCCUAACCCAAUGGCAGGGUGAAGAUCAGGGAGUYUUGGCUGGCCUCCCUGACUCAGAAUCUCCAUCAGUCUGGACAUGAAGGAAAACAGACCCUYGGGGAGGAGCAGAGUGUACAAUUAGCCUGGUCUGUGAAGGGGGCUCAGCCGAAGCCCGAGACCCAAAGCUGCUUUCCUUUGGGGAUUUGUAGUAAACAUAAGGUGAUAAUUGCCAAAAGUGGUUCUCUCUCAUUAAAACGACCAGUAAAAGUGUAACCUAUUUUUUUGCACAAGGUGUUUCAUUUUUUCUUUUCUUUUUUUAUGGGAAACCAAGGGAAAAGCACAUUGCAGUCCAUUCAAGUGUUUAACUGUUGWGGCUCAUUUUAUGUUAGCACUUGUGUGACAAACAGCUCAGAUUCGACUUCUCCUAUGUGUCACUUAUUCAAAGAACCCAACUAUGCCCUUAGGUAGAAAGAUUUUCCACAGUGUCUACUAGCCAGCAGGCAGAGCAGGGUUGAAAAAAAGAAAUCAGCUCCCAAAGGACCUGUAACCUACUGCAGAAUCAGUUACCGUGAAGCACCACCUUUGUCUGCAGAUACCAAAAGAGGAAGAAAAAUAACAGAUGGGAGCUGCCCGUUUACAUGUGUUUUGAGCUAUGCUUAAUACACAACCAGAAAGCCAUCAAUCUUCAAAGGCCUCAAAAAAAAAAUACUUUUAUAAUAACUAACAAGUGCACAAUCUUAGUUGGGUUACUCAAGAUGGCACAAAAAGGUCACAGAGGUGGUAUGCUGUGCUUGUUGGCGCCAAGUGGGGUGGGGUGGGGGUGGCGUGUUCUUCUUUGUAACGAUUUCCUAUUGGAAAGGCAUUUGACAGCCAGGGACAGGAGCCAGGGUGGGGGUGGUUUUUUGGGAAAGCAGAACUAAAGUUAGCUGUAGUGUCAAAAGAAAAAAAAAAAUCUUCGUCUUUCAUGUAUAUGUAAUCCAAGAAUAACAAUAGACUCUACCAGACCAGGGAGGGUAAGAAUGGACACCAAAAUGAACUGCUCCCUCUGCCACUGGGGAGAACUGGAAGUCAAGUGGGAGCAUCAGGCCACAGCCUCUUCCAUUUCUUUGUGCACGAUUCAGGGCCCCAGAGCCCACUGUGCAUGGCUAGGUUGGUGAUACCAGUUUGCAGAAGGGAUUGCUAUUUUCAGAACACUUAGGGAUAAAACUGCAGGAUAAAUAGAAACURGUUAGGAAGUUACUGAAUGAAUCUGGGGCUUGACUGGGUGGGAAGGAGGUAUUUCAAUUGUUUUUGUUUUGACAGUUAGAGCUACAGACAGCAUGUUUUUUUUAAGUCCCCCCCCCACCUUCCCUAUUUGAAAGCAUUCAUUGGGUCAUUUUUUUAUUUUUCCCACAAGAUAGAUGAAUAAUCAGACUGAAUUCUGUGCAACAGGAAAAAUCAAAAGGGAAAUGGAAAAGGGGACRAGGUAGCAAGGUUACAGGUGAUAUAACUUGGAUGGUGGUUUGAAAUCAGGUCUGAAGUARAUUGGAUCAAGCUUUCUUCCAAAAAUCUUGGGUUACAUUUAGAUUUGGGGGGGGGGCAAAGAGGAAUGGAGUGGGAACAGAAUUACAGUUCUAGCAAACAUCCUGAGAGUCUGGUAGUAAAGACAGAUUAAGUAAAACAGGUUUUACUGUUUAGCUGUGUUCAGUUGAUACAAAAUGUACAUAACUGUUAGUCCUUUGAGACUGACAUGAUAAUGGUCAGUGUGGUGGGAAACGCUGUAGUGAUUAUAURCAAGCACUUGGAAACUCUUUACAUAUCCCUAUUUCUUUAAAACAAAAUAUGAUGAAAUACAAAGUCCCUGGUCUGAUAAAAGCCCCUAUUGGAUUUUUUGGAUACAUGUAAGAAAUUGCCUGUUUCAGCCAGAAGACUGGUGAAGACACAUAAACCAGACUACGUUGUGAGCCAGGUUGUUUUUUUGUUUUGUUUUGUUUUGUUUUAAUUGUUUUUUUAUAUGCAGGUGAGUGUUGAAACUGUUAAAAUUCCAAUUUGUUUUCAUUCAGUAUUAGUUUAGUUCUAAAUAUAGCAAACCUCAUCCAGGUGCUAUCAGACGACCAAUUACUGCUUAGUUAACUAGGUGUAAAGUUUUACAUAUACAUUAAUGUCAAUAGUUUAUUACAAGUUGUGUAAAAUGRACUCUAGUUUAAUAAUGGGGGGAAAGAUUAGGUUGCUCCUGAAACUGACUGUAGAGCAUGUAAAAUGAUUUUACUGGAUUCUGUUCAACUGUAAUCAAUGAAAAAGAUGUAUGUUGUAGACAAAGUUGCAGAAUUAAAGAGAAAUCUGCUUUUAAUUUAUUCUUUUUGUAUUAAGAAUUUGUAUAGUACCUUUACAUUUUGCA